AUGGGUGAAGCUACUGUCAAUGGCGACAUGCCGCAUUCUGCCUUCCUCUCGCAUAUACAAUCCUAUCCUCUCGUCUCAGACUCGAUCAAGACCAUCCAAGAGAACCCCUACGGCGUCAAAUCGAUCGAACUGACCAAUGCCGGCUACGCGAAAUUUGUCAAGCCCACGCUGCCCUACUUCCAGACCCCGGCGUCAUACGCAAAGCCCUAUGUCGCCAAGGCUGAUGAGCUCGGCGACAAGUUCCUGUCCAAGUUUGACGAGCAGGUGCCUAUUGUCAAAUCCGAGACCAAGGAUAUUCAGGAAAAGGUUAUGAGCUACAUCAAUUGGCCUCUCGAAACCGCAAACACCACCAAGGACUGGGCUCUCAAUACCUACAACGACGAGUACAAGAAGUGCGGGGGAGAUGGCUACGUGGCGGGCGGCAAGGCCGUCGUCACCACCUCGCUGAUUCUGAGCUCCGAUGUGCUCAAAUGGAUCAGCUCCUUCCUCCAGGCCAAGAAGGAGCAGGCCAAGGACGUUGUCAACGAAAAGACCAGCAAAUAA